GAAUUAGAGUAUUUUUUGUAAUAAUGAUGAUAUAAAAUUGAAAUCAAGUAUGUAUCAAAAACUCAAAAUUUGUGUGGCAGUGGCCUUGUGCAUCUGGCUUCUGCUCGCUACAGUAUUUUCGGAAGAAAAGUCGAUUGAAUGCCCUUCAAUUUAUAACUUGGUGUGAAGUAUUUGUAUUCAAGGUGAGAGGUGACCGACCGAGCCACAAUGUACCCUAGUUCUGGCAGCGGAAGCGGCGGAAAAUCCACCCAAAACGCAUUCCGCAACGACGGCAGCUUCCUGGAGAUGUUCAAGCGGAUGCAGGAGGCGACUGCGACCGCGUCGACGUCUUCCGAAAGCGCAGCGUCAGCGAAACCGUCGGUCAGUGACGUCGCGACGGAGGACAGUAAGUCGGUGGAAAGUGAAGGUAAAAAGGCGGCCAAACCGCCGAUGGUGGGGAAACGGCGUGGAGGACGUGUCCUGCCCACUGGUCAGGUGAAAAAGGUGAAACAGGACAAGCCCGAGCUGGGUGAGGAUAAACCUAAGGAUGCUUGGUCCCAGUACCUCGCCGAGGUCAAGAAGUAUCGGGAGACCACGUGUGAGGAAGAGGGUAAGACGAGGCCGCUCGUCAAGUAGACUCGUAUUACCACAAAAUUUGUUACCAACUUUUGGUGUUACUGUACCUCAAAAGUUGAUUGUUAACUAGUGAACAAUAAUAAUAUUUAUGAACUGAUGUUCCAAGUAUGAGAGUGUCUAGUGAACAAAAACUGAUAAUAUUUUGGACAUUAUGUUGUUCCAAUUAUAAAAGUAAAACUAGUGAACAUGCAUGAACUGAUGCUGUUAGAGUACAAGUGAUCUUCAAUUGAAUUUAGUAUGGCCAAUGCAGCAAUUAUCUUAGCCCUGUAAUUUAUCGUACUGCUCUUCAAGUGUUGAAAUGUAUAUCAGUUCUUGUGAUAUAUCAGCUCUCAAGUAGAAUGAUAGUUGAUGAUUAGUCAAGCUGGAUUCUCUCAAAUCAAUGUACACGUGUCAGAUACAAAGAGAAUAUUAUUACAUGAACUUCAAAUAUGACUAUUCUUAGUCCUAUGCGGCUAUGUGUGAACAGUCCUAUUUGAAGUCAAGGGAAUUAUAUUUUAUCUUAAUGAUGUGAUAGCUAAUGAUGAUUAGUGAUAUUUCAAACUGUGAGCAUCGGUCGAGUGCUUCCCACUCUACUAAUGCUAAUAAAAGUCAAUCUUACUGUAGCUAUUUAUCACACUAAUUUCAAGAAUAGAUUCUCAAGUGAUAUGUAGCUUAGGAACUUAACCAUAAAAACCCAGUAAUUUAUUCACUUAUUUCAAGAACUGUUUUCCAAGUGAUGUGAUAUCUUUUUUUUUUGUGUAGUUGAGAAGUUGAUAUUGUGGUAAUUAUUCAUAUUGAAUGAAAAAGACUAAGAAAUUAUCAAAAAACCACUGAUUUAUUGAUAAUUAGAAAGACCGGUUUCGGUUAGUAUAAACUGAGUUUAUCAGAGAUUGACAAUGGUGUAAUAACCGAAACCGGUCUUUCUCUAAUUAUCAAUAAAUCAGUGUUUUUUUGACAAUUUCUUAGUCUUUUUCAUUCGAUGUGAUAUCUAUUGAUGUGUAACCAGUUAUCAAAUCACUGACUUCUAGAACCGUUAUUCAAGUAAUGUGAUAUCUAAUGUCAGUUCUUGUUAUAUGAUAAGAUUUCUCAAGUAAUAUGUUGAAAAAUAUGAUUAGUAAAUGAUUAGAUAUCCCCAGCUAUUUGACCAACUGAUUUAAAGAACUAUUAAUCAAGUUAAGUUAUUGCUUUUGAUGAAUAUUAAUUAGGCCUAGUGCAUGAUUAUCUUAUCCCAGUUGCCAAUUGCACUGAUUUCAAGAGCUGAUAUUUAAGUUAUAUGAUUUCUAAUGUCAGUCCUUCUGAUAUUGAUUUCAAGAACUGAUAAUCCAGUUAUAUUAUUGCUAAUUAUGAAUAUUAAUUAGUGCAUGAUUAAUUUAAUACCGUUCUUAAUUGCACUGAUUUUAAGAGCUGAUAUUCAAGUUCUAUUAUUUCUAAUGACAGUCCUCGUGAUAUUAUAUCAGUUCUCAAAUAAUAUUUAUUUAUUCAAUCGUUCAGAAUUAUACAACUUACAGAAAAGUACCACAGGCUAACUUACGCCCAAAACGGUUCCAAUUCUAAUUUAUACAACAGUCCAAAUGUAGCUAGAAAUAGUGACACAUAAUCUCUAGGUACAGCUACAUUUGGACUGUAUAGAUUGGAAUUUGAACCGUUCUGGGCGUAAGUUAACUAAAUGAAAAAUGUCAUCAUGUUAGUAAAUGAUGAGCUAAACCUAGUUAUUUACACUGAUUCCAAUACAGACUCAAUUCAUUUCAUUUUGCCCUCUUGUGAUGAUUUGCCACUACAUUAUUGAGAAAAAUAUUGAAAAUGUACUACUGUGCAGAAGGAGUUGUGAAAAACUAACAUCAAUGCAACGCAUUAUCAUUUAAAACUCGAACCAUUCUCAUCGUUUUCAAAUAAAUUCAGUCUGCACUCAAGUGAUGAUCUACUGCUAUGCUGUUGUAAGUUAUCUGUAAAACAUCAACACCAGUAGAAAUCAUGAUAAGCCAUUCUCAGAUUUUUCAUCAAUUACAUAUAUUUAAAAACCGAUUUUCGAUUAAUAUGAGAAGGAAAAUGCAUUUCAUAGUCUCAUCCUACUGGGAAAACUUUUCAGCUGCUAGUCAUUGAUUAUGAGUGUUAACCAUACAACUCUAGUUUUGCAAAUAUUUCACUUUAAAAGUGGGAAAACCAGAAAUUUUUUUUAUUAUAAAAUUCAAAACUGUCUAGUUUGGAAACCGUUCUAAAUUAGUGACUUCACUAACACUUCAGAAAGCCAAUGUUUAAUUUUAACUACAUGAUGAACUUUAAUAUUUUCGUUCUUUGUUCUCUUGUAAAAUGGACUUUGCUAGUUAAUACUCCUAGCCGACUAUAUUCGGGUUUCAAAGCAUGCUUCCUCGAUAUCAAUAUAUUGGUAAGAAUUAGCAGUCUCCAGUUAUCCAUGUAAAUAUUUUUUUUGUGACUCCAGUGAGAAUAUCCAAGUAGUGACCUCCAUUAGACUAGAACGCUAGUGGUUGAACCACCCUCCCGCCAGUGUAAACCCCUUUUGGUUACUCAUUUCUAUCAUAAUGACAGUAGGCUUAUUAUUCAUUUAUUGAUGAAUAUUUGCAAUAUUAUUAUUGUAGUUGGUGAACCCCCUUGUGGUUACUUUUUCCCAUCAUUAAAACAUGUUCCCAUGAUUUAUAGAUAAAUAAUUGCAAAUUUAAUUUAUGUUGUCAAUUUAAAGAUAACUUAGUUGAUCAUCACUGGAUUUGACUUGAAAUGGUUUAGGAAGUUUCAUUCUACAUUAGUUGACCAUCAGCAUUAAUUUAACAUUACCAUAUCCAUUAAAUUUAACUAACUUGUGUCAAAGAUUUAUUGAAGAUGAUAUUGUUGUGGUUAUCAAUAUUACACAAAACUCUCGACAUUUCUAAAACCACCCAUUUACUAAAAUCACUAGAAAUAUUUUUUGCCAAUCUGUUCUUUAUAAUAGAAGAAAUUUCCUAUAUAGUUAGAAAACUAAUCAAAUGAGAUUCAAAAUGGCAUAACAACCGAAACUAGUUAAUUUUACUCAGCAUAAGUAUUAAAAUUAACUAACUUGUGUUGGUAGGGAAUACGAAAUUGUCUUGGUUAUCCAUAUUAUUAUAUUAAACACAAAUCUUAACAUUUUUGAAAAAAAUGUUCUUCAAAAAAAUCUAUUUCCUUAAAUCACAAGAAAUGUUCUUUUGCUAAGCUAUUCUUUAUAAUAGAAGGAAUUUUCUAUAUAUUAAAAAACUAUUCACAGGAGAUUGAAAAUGGCAUAACAAUCGGGUGUAACAUUAUUAUCAAUCUCAAGUCUAGUUUUUCCAUUAUUCAUUUAUUUAUAUUGAUUUGUAUAGGCCUAAUUAUAAAAUUUGAAAUGGCCCAAAAUACUUAUUAUGUUGAUAACUGUGUAACAACUCUUUCUCAUUAUUUCUAUAAGUGGUUUUGGCAUUAAUCAAGUACUGAAUAAAAGUACUAUAUAUUGUCCGAUCAUAGAUUUACAAUAUUAUUCUAGUCUUUUUAUUCAGUACUGUUGUUGCUGUGGAAAACUAGAACAUUUAUUUAUUUAUACAUUGGUAGAAACAUUAUCAUUCUCAACUAUGAAUGAUUGGGGAUGGUACAACAGGCUAAA